UUCAUAAUCGGAGAGAACACCAUUUAUGAAGAAACAAAGGCUGAACUAUCAAUUCAAUCCAUUCAAACUUGUUUGGUGAGUGACGCCAGUCUGAAAUAGUUUCACAGGUCAACUUGUUAGACGUGUGACUUUUUCAGUGUUGAUAAGGAAGUAUUAUCUCCCCCUUUUCAGUCAGUUUCAGAAGGUACACAAAGAAUGAAAAUAAGUUUAGUCUUGAAAACAACGACUAGGCUACACAAGGAAUCAUGAGGGACCGACUGGAUCAUCUUCAGACCAUUUCAGAGUCUAACAGUGAUCUGGAAGAGCUGGACUCAGAGUCUUUCAGCAAUGUGGACCUGGACGAAUUCCACCAGCAGGCCGUCAUUUAUGACAACAGCGAUGAGAUGGAGUCUGUGCUCGAUGAGGCUCAGGACACUAGGCGUGAGAUUCAGCUCAUCCGCCUGGAGGUGAAGCGUCUCAGGGACCAAAACACACGUUUACUUAGCGAGCCAACUCGUACAACACACGUAAAGCAUGACGCCAAUGUCAUCGCUGAGGACAUCAAGACCCGUGGUGAGGACGUUCUGACACGUCUCAAAAAAAUGGAUGCCCAUGCCAAAGAGCUUGAAGAGGAGCAUGGCAUCAACUCUGCUGUGGCAAGAAUCGCCCGAACACAGUACACCAGCCUAAGCAACAACUUCCGAGACACAAUAACCGAUUACAACGAUGCUGAGAUGAGUCACAAGGAAUCCUGCAAGCGUCACAUUCAACGGCAAAUGGAGAUCGUGGGCCGAGAGGUGUCAGGUGACCAGAUUGAAGAGAUGCUAGAGAAUGGUCAGUGGAACAUCUUCAACGACAACGUCAUGUCAGAAGGGAAAACGGCUCGUUCCGCGCUCAACCAGAUCGAGAGUCGACAUCGGGACCUGCUUGAGUUAGAAAGCCGAAUCAAGAGCCUUCAUGAAGUGUUCCUGGACGUGGCUAUGCUUGUAGAGGAACAAGGACCCAUGACAGACUACAUCUUAAACAAUGUUCAGAAAACCGAUGCUAUGCUUGGCGAAGUCCUUGUCAAACUGGAACGGGCAAAGAGACAUGACAAAAACAACCCAUUCAAGAAAAUGUUCUGUGGAUGCUUUCCAUGUGCAAAAAACUGAUCUGAGCGAUUGUGGACAGUGUGGACUUUUGGAGGCCUGCAGUAUCUGCCGACUUCUGUAUUUCAGGACCAUUGUCUUCCAAGACUAUGCUCUUUGAACGAUCACAAAGUAAGCAAACAAGUAAAACAAGCAAAAAAAAUGAAAGGCUUUCUCACUACAUGCCUUCAUGUAGACGUCUUUUCAUUUGCAGAUUAAUCCCUGUAAACAUACAGAAAUCACAUUCACACCCAGCGUUUGAGGUAAAAGUUAACAUAAAGGCAAAAGAGCUUUUAAUCUGAUGUUAUAUUGCAGGAUAGGCUAUUUAUUAAUAUCUUACAUUGUUAUGUCUUUUAUUACAUCUUUCAUUCAUCUAAGGUGGUUUUAUUGAAUAUGCACUUUCUAGACCCUUUUGCAUUAAAUAUCCGGAAUAUGAAGCAUGUUUUGAUAUUUUUCUUUUCAAUUUGUUUUCCUUUUUUGAAGGAAUGUGCUUAAGGUUUAUAAGAUAAACAUAUUAGCUCAAUAAAAUAUCUUAUAUUAUGUAAUA